GUGAAAGGUGUUGUUGUUGUUGUUAACGAGCGCGGUAAAUUCGUGUUCUGGCUUAAUGUUUAUGGUGAUCGAACAUGGACUGCGAACGAAGGAUGUUUUGCCCGUUUUGUGACAAACAAAUGAGCAAUUUAACGCGGUUUUGCUUUGCGUGUGGUCGGUGUUUGGAGUUCCUUAAGGACACGGACCAGACGGAAACACCAGACAUACUGCAUCAAUGUGUUCAAUAUUUUAACGAGGGCCACUCGUACGCUGUAAUCGUGGACAUGAUGUCAAUUCUACACGGUGUAAACAUCAGCUUGAGGACUCUUAAAAGUAAACUGAACGAAGCCGGGUUGUACCGCAGAAAGUCUUAAUCCUCUCUAAACUCCGUGAGGAACGCCAUCAGAUUGGAACUUCGUGGACCUGGACAACUAUUUGGCUACCGCACGAUGUGGCAGGUACUUAAACAAAAGUACAAUUUUCGAGUGAAGAGGGAUGAUGUGAUGAAUAUGCUCCGGGAGCUUAAUCCUCGAGGGUGUGAGAGCAGAACACGCAGAAGGUUUACAAGAAGAACUUACCACUCAAUGGGACCUAACUAUAUGUGGCACGCAGAUGGUUAUGAUAAACUUAAGCCAUUCGGUUUGGCCAUAUCGGGAUGCAUAGAUGGAUUUUCACGUAAAGUACUGCGGCUUGAAUGUGGACCAACAAACAAUAACCCAACAGUGAUUGCUCACUUUUUCAUGUCAUGUGUGCGAAACCUCGGUGUCAUCCCCAUGAGACUGAGGACUGAUUGCGGCACUGAGAACGGCAUGAUGGCUGCAAUUCAAUGUACGUUACGCCACCAUCACAGUGACUACUACUCUGGCGCGUCCAGCCACAUGUACGGCUCAUCUAUAAAUAACCAGUGUAUUGAGUCCUGGUGGUCUAUAUUUAGAAAGGGAAGGUCUCAGUUCUGGAUGGAGUUAUUUGCAGACCUUAGAGAAGCAGGAUACUUCAAUGGGAGUCAUGAGCAUCAGUGCCUAUUGAGAUAUUGCUUUGGUGAUGUUGUUCAGAAGGACUUGGAUGAGUGUGUGAGACUGUGGAACAGUCACAGGAUUCGCCCUUCCAGAACAGCAGCAUGUCCAGGAGGAGUACCCAAUGAACUCUACUACUUACCACACAGAUUUGGCUCCAGAGACUGCGGAUUUCAAAUCGAACAGGCUGAACUGGAUGCCCUUCCUGAGGCUAGCUUGUCAAUGACUCCUUGUGGGGACCCUAACAUGCAGGAGUACUUGGACUUUGCCAUGGAACACAAUCAGUUACAGAAGCCAGAGAACUGGGAGUCUGCAUCAGAACUAUACAUGAAGCUAAAAGAAAUGGCUCAGCUAUGAAAUUAUCAAAAAGGGAGUUUUUUUUUUGUAGUGGUGGAAUACUGCUGUCUGUCUGAACAGAAGGUUUAUGAAUCUGUCACCCACAGCUUAAUUGUUUUUAAGUG